AUGCGCAUCCUGGUUUCUAAAGCAUCAAGACCGACAGGGAGCAUAUUGCAAGAGCUGCCCAAGCCUCCACCGCAAGUAGCUGUGUUAGCAAUCCUGAACAAUUCUCAAUUUACCAUCAAAAAUGCGCAAGUUUUCAAUGGAAGUGGAGUUCAAAGCGCACAAUCGGUCAUCAUCAGCAACGAUAAAAUUGUUACUGUUGGCGGUGCCAUUCCUCCAGGAAUCAACAGCAUUGAUGGGACAGGGAAAUACCUCACUCCUGGUCUCAUCGACAGUCAUGUUCAUCCAGCAAGUUGCAGUAAUCUGGCAGACCUUGCUGACUACGGUGUUACUACUGCAAUCAACAUGGCUUGUCUGAACUACACCACCUGUUCCCAGCUCAAAGGUCAGCUCGGUACCACAGACUAUAUCACUGCGGGUGAAAUUGCUUGCGGUACCGGCAGUGUCCAUGCAAUUGCAUUCGGGGUCCCAUCGGCAGAAACAAUUGGGCCUGAUACAGAUCUCUCUGCCUUGAUCGUUGCCGAGGACAAAGGUCCUACUCUGGAACAACAAUCUACCAUGGUGCGACUUGCUCAUCAGCACGGCAGUUUCGCAGCUACGCAUGCGACACUGAUGGAGUACUAUGAUCAAGCCAUCCAGUCCAAAGUUGAUGGCAUCCAACAUACACCUGCCGACAGCCUAUUGUCAAAGUCUCAGAUCAGUCAGAUUCGCAGCCAAGGUCAAUUCGUUACUCCAACCAUGGAGUUCUAUCGCCUAGCAUUCUCAAAUCCGGCUCUGGGGCCAGUGCUGGGCUUCAAUGCCUCAUGCAACUACUCCAACAUCCAGACCAAUGUCGUCAAUAUGCAUGCUGCUGGUGUUCCUAUCGCGGUCGGCACUGAUUCUGUUGGGAGCCUUCCCGGGGUUAUCAACUACCCAUUCGGUCGGUCGCUGCACUGUGAACUUCAGAACUUGGUGGAUGCAGGAUUUGGAAGCGCUGAGGCCAUUCAGGCGGCUACUGCAGGAGCUGCGAAGCUUUACAGGCUGUAUGAUCGAGGUUCCAUUUCUACUGGGAUGCGAGCGGACCUUUUGCUCCUCAGCAGCAAUCCCAUCGAGAAUAUCACGAACACACUUGACAUCAAUGCGGCCUGGGUGGGUGGAAUACAGAUUAGUGUUAUCACUGCUCAAAAGGGCCAAACAUGUGACCCUUCCUCUCUUUAA